AUGAAACUUGAAAACUCCAACUCCAAUUCCAACGGCCAGAUCUCCUUCCCCGCCGCCGUCGAUGUUAUUCCACCGCAUAACUCCGACGACGCCGAUGAAGCAUUCGUUCCGCCGCUGAAUUUCGCGAUGGUUGAUAAUGGUAUUUUCAGGUCUGGAUUUCCCGAUUCUGCGAAUUUCGGAUUCAUGAAAUCUCUUCGUCUCCGUUCCGUAAUAUGUUUGUGCCCUGAACCCUAUCCUGAAACCUCUGCGGAGUUUUUGAAGGCUAAUGGAAUUAGGCUUUAUCAAUUUGGUAUUGAUGGAUGUAAGGAACCUUUUGUCAACAUCCCAAAUGAUAAGAUUCGCGAAGCUUUGAAAGUAGUGCUCGAUGUUAGGAACCAUCCCGUACUAAUUCAUUGCAAACGAGGGAAGCACCGCACUGGUUGUCUUGUGGGAUGCAUAAGAAGAUUGCAGAGGUGGUGUCUAUCAUCAAUUUUCGAUGAAUAUCAAAGAUUUGCAGCUGCUAAAGCUAGAGUCUCAGACCAGAGGUUCAUUGAAUUGUUUGAUAUUUCCAGUUUGAAGCACAACCCGCUGUCAUUUUCAUGCUCAAAGAAAUAG